AUGGCACCGGUGACGGAAGUUUCUCCGAUGAUAAACACAUUGGAAGUCUCCGAUGACAAAAUGUCUCAUCUCAGCUCCUCCGGGAAACCUCCGAGGAAUAUCUCUGCAAUGCGCCAUUGCAAUAGCACUGCUUGGUUGACCGAUUCCGAAGGAGACGAGAGAUUUGGUGCAAAAUCACCAGAAGGAGUAAAUUCCACAUUCCAGCCUGUGUUCAGAUCUGGAAGUUGGUCGGAUAAAGGACCCAAACAAUCUAUGGAAGACGAAUUCAUCUGCGUCGAUGAUCUCACUCAACAUAUCGGAUCAUCCAGUGGAGCUUUCUAUGGGGUGUUUGAUGGACAUGGAGGUGUUGAUGCAGCAUCGUUUACAAAGAAGAACAUACUAAAGCUUGUAAUGGAAGACAAACAUUUCCCAGCCAGCACAAAGAAGGCGACAAGAAGUGCAUUUGUGAAGACGGAUCAUGCUUUAGCUGAUGCUUCUUCUCUUGACAGAUCCUCAGGCACAACUGCACUCACUGCUCUCAUUUUGGACAAGACGAUGCUCAUUGCGAACGCGGGUGAUUCCAGAGCCGUGCUCGGGAAACGAGGCAGAGCGAUUGAGCUAUCUAAGGAUCACAAACCUAACUGUACUUCUGAGAGGCUACGCAUUGAGAAGCUUGGAGGUGUGAUUUACGAUGGUUACCUUAACGGUCAGCUAUCCGUGGCUCGAGCUUUAGGAGAUUGGCACAUUAAGGGAACCAAAGGGUCGCUUUGCCCGCUUAGCUGCGAGCCUGAGCUGGAGGAGAUUGUGCUGACUGAGGAUGAUGAGUUUCUUAUAAUGGGCUGUGAUGGACUGUGGGAUGUCAUGAGUAGCCAGUGUGCAGUGACGAUGGUGAGGAGAGAGCUGAUGCAGCAUAAUGACCCUGAGAAAUGCUCACAAGCUCUGGUUAAGGAGGCGCUCCAACGGAACAGCUGCGAUAAUCUUACUGUAGUUGUUGUCUGUUUCUCGCCAGAACCGCCUCCUCGGAUUGAGAUUCCGAAAUCGCAUAAGAGGAGAAGCAUUUCUGCUGAAGGAUUGGAUCUCCUCAAAGGUGUUUUGAAUGAUUUGUGA